UCGAAUAAAAGCCCCUCGAAAAUAAAAAUAUUUAACGCAUUUGGAGAAAAGAUGGAUUUUGAUAGAACCGAGAUGGAGCUAGACUAUUACUGCCGCUACUGUUGUUUAUGUGUUGUUGGUGGAUUUAAUUUCUUCGCUUUAUUAUUGGUUUUUAUUAAUAAUUCGUCUCUGGAUCUCCAAAUCUCCUCGUUUCUUUCUCUCUCUCUAUCUACAAAUUUCGUAUUCAUCUAUUGGAUUCGCAAUCACACCUGUCUCUAUAUAUUUUAUACACCGUGUUUCUAUUUUUUUGUGUUGUUAUAUUACAUGGACUUCACACUCGCGUCAAAUUCCUCGCCUUUUUAUUUUGUUUUGUAUUCUUUCCUGCCGAGAUAGGGAGGGGAAGGAUUUUUAUUGGCCUUGUUGGAACCCUAGCUUUUGAGGGGCCGAAUUUUGAUUUUUAGAGUUUGUGGUUGCCGAUUGAUCUCUAAUGGAUGCUGGUUCCGAGGGGGAGAUCAAUAGGAUCAUGAAUCAUAGCCCGCUGGAGGGGUCUAAGCGGCCCAAGCGCCAGAUGAAGACGCCGUUUCAGCUGGAAAUGCUCGAGAAAACCUAUGCCAUGGAGACAUACCCCUCUGAGGCAACCCGUGCUGAACUGUCAGAGAAACUAAGUUUAACGGAUAGGCAGUUGCAAAUGUGGUUCUGUCAUAGGAGAUUGAAGGAUAAGAAGGAGUCGGUGGGUGUGGUAACCAUGAAACCACACACUCCUGGACCUGUUGGAAGGAAGGGAUUCAUCGAGCCCCCCAGAGAGGAACUGAUGACAGCUGAACCUGGCAGUGGACAUGUCUCUGGUUCUGGAUCUGCCUCUGGCUCUGGCUCUGGCUCUGGGUCAGGUUCAAGUCAGUAUAAUGCUGGAGAUGGUAUGCCUAUGGCGCCUACUAGGUAUUAUGAGCCACCUCGAUCAAUCAUGGAGCGUAGAGUGAUUGCAUGUAUAGAGGCACAGUUGGGAGAGCCUUUGAGGGAAGAUGGACCAAUUCUUGGUGUGGAAUUUGAUGAAUUGCCCCCUGGUGCAUUUGGUGCCCCUAUAGUUAAAGUAGAGCAGGAAGACAGAUACAGACAUUCUUAUGAGAGCAAAUUAUAUGGGCAGUACGAUGCAAAGAACCUCAAAACUACAUUAAGUGGCCCUCAUGAAGCAUUGGAGACCAAGAUUAGGACUGAUGCAUAUGGACAUGUCACUCAGCCGUACGUAUAUGACUCACCGGUUGAUGGUCCUCUCCCAAAAGGCUUAUCGCUUAAGCAUGAAAAUGGGCUUCUCUCCAGGGAACAUGUUGUUGAGGGUCACACCUCAAGAACAGAUCUGUAUUUGCAGCCAGGCAGACAGAUGCAGCUUUCCUUGUCUCCUAGUACUGACUUUGUUACACCAAAUGAUACUAAUCUUUGUAUGGAGGGGAAACAUAAGAAUGAUGACUCUCGAAUUGGAAGAAAUGGUCAAUCCCAUGAGAAGACCCGAAAAGAACUUGAGAAACAAGAUGUAUUAAAGCGAAAGAGAGAGGAGCAAGUUAGGAAAGAAAUGGAGAGACAAGAUCGUGAAAGAAGGAAGGAAGAACAACGACUUCUGCGAGAGCAGCAGAGGCAGGAGGAAAAAUUUCAGCGUGAGGAAAAGCGUGAAAUGGAGCGGAGGGAAAAGUUUAUGCUGAAGGAACUUAUGCAGGCGGAGAAAAGGAAACAGAAAGAAGAGCUCCGCAGAGAGAAGGAAGCAGCAAGACAGAGAGCUGCAGUGGAGAGAGCGACAGCUAAGAGAAUCGCUAAAGAAUCCUUGGAGCUAAUAGAGGAUGAACGUCUUGAAUUAAUGGAAUUGGCUGCUUCAAGCAAGGGGUUACGUUCAAUAUUGUCUCUUGAUUAUGACACUUUACAGAAUCUUGACUCAUUCCGAGAUGCUUUGUGUGAUUUCCCUCCAAAGAAUGUAAAAUUGAGAAAACCUUUUGCCAUUCGACCUUGGAUGGAUUCAGAGGAAAAUGUUGGGAACCUCUUGAUGGUUUGGAAAUUCUGCUUGACAUUUGCAGAUGUUCUUGGCCUUUGGCCUUUUACCAUCGAUGAAUUUAUACAGGCUUUUCAUGACUAUGAUUCAAGACUACUUGGAGAAGUACAUACUGCACUUCUGAAGCUUAUUAUAAAAGAUAUUGAAGAUGUCGUGCGGACUCCUUCUGGUGGGCCAGGCACAAAUCAGUAUAGUGCUGUUAACCCUGAAGGUGGACACCCACAUAUUGUUGAAGGGGCUUAUAUGUGGGGUUUUGACAUAAGAAACUGGCAGAGGCACUUAAAUCCAUUGACAUGGCCUGAGCUAUUAAGGCAAUUUGCACUAUCAGCUGGUUUUGGCCCUCAGUUGAAGAAAAAGGGCAUUGAUCGUGUUUCCAAGAAUGAUAACGACGAGAGUAGAGGUUGUGAAGAAAUAGUGUCUACUCUAAGAAAUGGUUCAGCAGCUGAGAAUGCUGUGGCUAUUAUGCAAGAAAAAGGACUCAGCCUCCAACGCAAGUCAAGGCACCGGUUGACUCCAGGAACAGUCAAAUUUGCGGCUUAUCAUGUCCUUGCCCUUGAAGGAAGCCAAGGGCUAAAUGUUAUAGAGCUUGCAGAGAAGAUUCAAAAAUCUGGGAUCCGUGACUUGACAACGAGCAAAACUCCUGAAGCUUCAAUAUCUGUUGCCUUGUCGAGAGAUCCAAUACUCUUUGAAAGAAUUGCUCCUUCGACAUAUUGUGUGCGGCCAGGUUAUAGAAAGGAUCCUGCUGAUGCUGAAUCAGUGAUUGCUGAGGCCAAGGAUAAGAUACUGAGAUAUGCAAAUGGUUUCUUAGCUGAUCAAAAUGUCGACGAGGAAGAAAGGGAGGAUGAUUCAGAAAGUGAUGCUGCAGAGGGUACAGAAGUUGAUCAUUUAGCAGUCACUUUGGAUAAAAACGUUGCAUGCAAUCAAGUUGUCUUAGACUCUGGUAAUGGUAAAGGCAAGCUUCCUGGUGAUGGUUUACUCCAAAAUAAGGCUGCUGCUGCUGAUAUUGGAGAGGCUAAUCCGGACCAAGAUAUUGAGAUUGAUGAAAGCAAAACUGGUGAACUCUGGCUCCAAGGGCUCACCGAAGGAGAAUAUUCUGAUUUAUCUGUCCAAGAGCGUCUUAGUGCCCUUGUUGCCUUGAUUGGUGUUGCAAAUGAAGGAAAUUCAAUUCGUGUAAUUCUUGAGGACCGCAUGGAUGCUGCUAAUGCUCUUAAGAAACAGAUGUGGGCUGAGGCACAGCUUGACAAAAGGCGAAUGAGAGAAGAACCUAUUAACAAGUUGUAUGAUUCUUCUUUCAAUGCUAUCACAGAGGGUGGUUUAAGUCUGCUAGAUGCAGAAAAUAAAGCUUAUGAUCCAUCCAUAUCUUCUGUUGCGGGAGAGGAUGCUCACAAUACCAUUGAUAAUCCUGACGCCUCCAUGGGUCAAUUUGUUUCUCCAGCUCAGCAGAAUGGAAAUAUAACAGAGAGGUCAAGGUUGCAGCUAAAAUCUUAUAUUGGCCAUAGAGCAGAAGAGCUAUAUGUCUACAGGUCAUUGCCCCUGGGUCAGGAUAGAAGAAGAAACCGAUAUUGGCAGUUUAUAGCUUCACCUUCCUGCCUUGAUCCUGGUUCAGGGAGAAUUUUUGUUGAAACUCCCAAUGGCUGUUGGAGACUUAUUGACUCCGAGGAGGCAUUUGAUGCUCUUUUGACAGCUUUGGACACUCGGGGGACAAGAGAAUCCCAUCUGCAUAUAAUGUUACAAAGAAUUGAAGCGUGUUUCAAGGGAAGUGUUAGAAAGAAUCGUUUGUAUCUUAAUGGGGACAAGGGUCGACAAGAAGAUGCUGAACAAAAUACUAGCUUUGCUUUUGAAAGUACUGAGAGUCCGAGCAGUGCAGUUUCCACUGCCAGUCAUGAUACCCUAGAACCGUCGCUUUCAUUCAGAAUUGAAGUGGGUAAGAAUGAAAAGGAGAACUAUAACUUCAUGAAGAGGUAUGGAGACUUACAGAAUUGGAUGUGGAAAGAAUGCUUCAACUCAUCCAUUGUGCGUGCCCUGGCAUAUGGAAAGAAAAGGUGCUCGCAGUUAUUAGGAAUUUGUGACAUUUGCCUUGCUACUUAUGCUGAGGAUGAUUGCCCUUGUUGCCGCCUGGCCCAGAGCAAUAUUGCCGCUAAAGGACAUUUCCCUGUGCAAUUCAACUGUGAAAAUAGUAUGAUGGAUGGAAGAAACAGCCCACUGAGAAUCAGAUUGAUCAAGACUAUCCUAAUCUCACUGGAGGCUGCUGUUCCCUUUGAGGCCCUUCAUUCUUCUUGGACUGAAGACCAAAGAAAUUCUUGGGGCUCUGAGCUCCACAACUCUUCAUGCACUGAUGGUCUCCUACAGGUCCUUAAUCAGUUUGAGGCUGUGAUAAAACGUGAUUACCUAUCAGCAGAUUUUGAAACAACUGAAGAAUUAUUGUGUUUUUGUGACUCGAGAUCUGCUGUUAACAAAUCUAAUUACCCUGGAGCUGUUCCCCAACUUCCUUGGAUUCCAAAAACUACUGCUGCUGCAGCUCUGAGGCUUUUUGAACUGGAUGCAUCCAUCUUCUACACUCCGAGUCAGAAGGCUGAGUCUCACAAUGAAAAGAAAGUGGAAGCUCUUCCUAAUCUGGCAUUACGAUAUGGUCACCCCAAAGAUAUCCAGAGGGCUGAAUCUAGGGGAUUAGACAGAUAUGGAUCGCUGGACGAAAACUGGAAUCAUCUUCGCGAUGCUCCUGGUAGCUCUGGGUACAGGCAGGUGGCUCGUGGUAGAGGAGGCCGGCCGCGUGGAAAGUCACAGAAAAGGGUCAUUAAUUCUGCACCAUCUGGCAAGCGGAGCAUGAAACAAGGUGAGACGUUAACUCAUUUCCUUCUGCAGCAGGGAAUGAGUGCCCCAGGGCAAAAGCAUAAACGUGGUCGCCGAACCGUGAGGAGGAGGCCAGAGAAGAAAGAUGUUGCAGAGAGUAAACUGGACGACUUGUAUGACAACGAUACCUUUAUGAAUGCUGUGGAGGAGCCAGAAAAUUCUGGUAGGGAGGAGGUGGUAGCGCAUGAUUUUAGUGCUAGAAAUAUUGUGGGCGAGAACGAUGAUAGUAGCAACAAUAUGGAUGUCGACUCGGAUGAAAAUGUUGAUGACUCCUAUCACUAUAGUAAAUGGGGAGCAACCACCUAUGACACCAUCUCUCACAGAAGCACUGAGCUGGUCGAUAUGAGCGAAGAUGAAGCUGAUGACAUAGGUGAUGGACAAGGUUAUGAUGAGGAGGAUGGUGAGAAUCUAGGGGGAGAUGUUAAAUUUAACAACUACCCCGACCGGGGUGUCGAAGGGAACGAGGAUGAUGAUGAUGAUUCUGAGUCGUUGGCAUCUGGAGAUUACAGCGAUGACUGAUCGCUAGCUAUACAGUGAAAAUUAUUUUUUCCUAUUUUUUGGUAUUCUUUAGAACUGCAGCAGUUGAAUUAGCUGGUCUGGUAUAAACUUAGGUAUUGUUUUCUUAAUCCAAAGGGCUAUGAGUUGCCUUUGUUAAUGACUAAUUAGGAAUACAGCAUAAUAUAAGACGUAUGUUAAAUGCUAAAAGUUGGAACAA